GAGCUAGAAACUAAUGCGACUAUUUCGUAUUUUGUCAUCCAUAAAAACUUCUACUUUGACUUAUUGUUUAUAUUGAAUGAAGUUUUCAGGAGUUUGAUUUGGUGUAAUCGGCCAAUAUGAUCAUCAAAAUUCUUGGUACGUCUGUUGUUGUUGCUUUGGGGAUGGUUUUAGUUCGAAAGUAUAGAGCGUAUAAGUGGGGAAGAUGCAAAAGUAGUCGUUCCAUGAAGAACAAAACCGUGAUUGUUACCGGUGCUAAUUCUGGAUUAGGUAAAGCUACUGCAUUAGAGCUCGCAAAUAAAGGUGCCAGGGUUAUUCUUGCUUGCCGUGAUCGAGAAAAGGCUCAGAAAGCAUUGAUCGAAAUACGAUCGCAAUCAAGAAGUGGAGUUUUAAAAGUUCUUGAACUCGAUCUUGCAUCAUUUGAGUCCAUCCAAAAAUUUGCCGACGAAUUCUAUCGUAGUGAAGACCGACUCGACGUUCUAAUUAACAAUGCUGGUCUCUUUAAAUGCCCUUACAUGACGACAAAGGAAGGUUACGAGAUGCAAUUUGGUGUCAAUCACUUGGGUCACUUUUUGUUGACAAAGCUACUGUUAUCGAAAUUGAAAGAAUCGGCGCCUUCCCGCAUUGUUAUCGUUUCAUCUGCUUUGUACAAGAGAGCAAAAUUAGACAUUGAAACUAUAAAUUCGGAGUCUCAUUAUGAUAAAGGCAUGGCUUAUAAAAAUAGUAAGCUCGCUAACGUACUUUUCGCUCGCGAGCUAGCCAAACGAUUGAAAGGCACUGGCGUCUCCGUGUAUUCAGUGAGUCCAGGCAUGGUUUGGACCAAUUUAGGCCGAUACAUGUCCAUCAGUUGGUGGAAAAUGGCUUUACUUGCACCGAUUGCGUGGUUUUUUAUCAGAACACCAUAUGAAGGAUGUCAGACAAUACUGCAUUGUGCUGUUUCGGAGGAAGUUGAAGGUGAAAGUGGCUUGUACUACAGAAAUUGCGAGAAAGAAGCAAUAGCGCCUGUAGCUAUGGAUGAUGUCUUAUCUAAAAAUUUAUGGGAUUUUUCGGAGAAAUUAUGCAAGCAGUAGGAUACAUAGUACUACUUAAACAAAGACAUAGAUUUUUUGCCUAGACAAAAAUAUUUUUAGUAUAAGUUAUUGGUUUAAUUGAUUCUAUUUUAGUAAUAUGAUAAAUGUAAAAGACUACUUCUAAAGCCAUAUUUGCUGUAAAUAUUGUGUGUAUAUAUGUGUUUUUUUGUUUGAAGAGUCAUCAAAAUAUAUAGCAGAAUUUAUUCUCAUGUUGAAAUGUAUUUUGAAUUUUAAAAUGAAACUUUUUGGCUGAAAAUAUCAUUAAAUGUUAUUGAUUCUAUUUUUAAGAUGAAAAGCUUUAAUGAUUUUUAAA